CAAGCGAAAGCCGCAAACAAAUCCAACCCCCCACCACCGCGGCCGAUGUCCACCCUCUCCCCGGACGGCGACUCCGACUACGGCGGCGGCGGCGGCGGCGGCGAAGCAGCCGGAGCAGUGAUGGCCGACGUCCUCUCCAAGGGCCGGGAAGCCUGCUACAAGGCCCGGGACGCCUUCUACACGUGCGUGGAGAAGCACGCGGACAAGAAGCCCACCGAGAUCGCCACCAUGGGGCUCCUCUACCCCGCCGACUGCAAGAAGUCCCGCGCCAACUUCGUCAACAGCUGCCGCCCCUCCUGGGUGAAGCACUUCGACCGGCAGUACUCCGCCAAGAAGCGGGUGCAGCGGCUGCUCGACGGCGGCGACGACCGCCGGGGCCCCAUCUCGCUCCCCCAGCCGUACACGUUCAAGCAAUAGGGAGAAGCUUGUCAAAGACUCGAAAUGCUUUCAUAAUCAAUGGAAAUGGAGAUGUUGGUUAUGACUGGGCUGGUAGUUUGUUUAUGUGUAUAUAAGAAUAUAAUAAUAGUGUUUAUAGUUCUGUAAAUUGGGUUCUUGAAAGUAUAUCACUUGAUAGUUGUAAUCAUGUAUUUGUAUUUAUGUGAAAUUCACACACAUAGGAACAAUUUGAUUUGAGAAACUGUGUUUGAUGUGGGAAUCGCCACUACCCACAGGUUUUCAGAUUCCAAGCUUGUAGCAAUAAUAUUAUUUGCCUAGUUUUGGGGAACAAUUUGAUUUGAGAAUCUGUGUUUGAUGUGGUAAUCGCCACUACCCACAGGUUUUCAAAUUCCAAGCUUGUAGCAAUAAUAUUAUUUGCCUAGUUUUGGGGAACAA